UAUUUAUUUAUGGCUGAGUUGGGUCUUUGUUGCUGUGCGCAGGCUUUCUCUAGUUGCAGCUAGUGGGGGCUACUCUUUGUUGUGGUGUGUGGACUUCUCAUUGCGGUGGCUUCUCGUUGCGGAGCAUGGGCUCUAGGCGUGUGGGCUUCAGUAGUUGUGGCUCGUGGGGUCUAGAGCACAGGCUCAGUAGUUGUGGCGCACGGGCUUAGUUGCUCCGUGGCACGUGGAAUCUUCCUGAACCAGGGCUCAAACCCGUGUCGUCUGCAUUGGCAGGCGGAUUCUUAACCACUGUGCAACCAGGGAAGCCCUAUCCUUUGAUUUAAAACGCAGAACUCAAGACCUGACUCCAACUUAAUUCCUUCAGUGUGAUGCAUCAUUUCCCCUUCCUGUAUCUGAACAGGUUUAGUUUAACUAAAGAGGGUGGCAGACUCUCAGGGUUGAUGUAAAAAUAGCUCACCCUGAUCAGAGAAAGCGGUCUGCUGCCUGCACCCAUUUCCCUGCCGAUGUGACAUUGAAAAAUGCCAGCAGCACUGGGCUUCCUCCCUUCCCUGGCACCCAUUCUGUCUCCACUGUGGAGCCUGGCGUGGGAGGAGUGUACCCCUGAUUCUGCCACUGGUGUUGGGUUUGGCCCUGUCACUUGCUAAGACCAAAAGAAUGUGGGCAGAAGUGGCAACAUGCAGAUUUUGAGCCUAGGCUUCUGGAGGCAUCAUGUAUUUCUGUUCACCUCUCUGGAAGUUUCCACCAUCCACCAUGUUAGAAGAGCAUAUAUGCUAGCUGCAGCCCCUUCAGCCCAGUACCUCCCUGCCCCAGAGGGAGGCCCAGGGAGCAGAGCCCUCCCAGCUCACCUACAGACCUGUGAGCAUGAGAAAAAAAAUGCAUACUGCCAUACAUGUUGAAUUCUGGGGUUGCUUGUUACACAGCAACAGCUGACUUAUACAAAUGGAAAAGAGGUCCAUGAGGGAAAGUUAAAAGGGUGAUGGAAAUAUAACAGCUGAGAAGGUUACUGGUCUUAGGGAUAAGAUGAAUUUUUAAGAUGUGAAAUGGUUCUUCUGUAGAAUAAUGUUAUGUCUGUUGAUCCUUAAGACAAACCUAAGAGGAAAGCAGUGACAGUUUUAUCCCCAUUUUAUAGAUGAAGAUAUUGAGGUUCAAAGUGGUUGAAGGUGCACUGGGUGAGCCUGGUCUGGGCCCCAAAUCCCUGACUCCUGGGCCAGGCUCUUCCCGGCUGUGCUGCCUGCCUCUCUUGUGGGCCUGACUUAGAGCAGCCAAUAUGGCAGCAGAGCAGAGCUUGGCACUUUGUGCAGAUGAGGCCACCGUUGGGACCUUUCUUCUGACAGGUUGGGGAGGGAGGACGCCUCCCAGAGAAGGGGCAGCAUUUGGUUGAGAGGGGAACAGGGGUGCCAAUAGACAGGUGCCUGUGUCCCACAUGCUGAAAACUGGGGGCUCUGGGUGUCUUCUUGGUGAGCCAUGGCUCUGCCGCCUACUGGUUUGCUCUCAUGCUCCCCUCAAAAGGUCUGGCAACUGUGUGUCCAGGAAAGAUACCUAUGGAAGAAAAGUGUCAAGGCACCUACACUGAGUACAUUGAUGGUCUUGCCUGGUGGUUGGGGUCUGGAUUUUGACACACUUGAAGCCUCGGGGGUUUUAAACAGGAGAGUCAGCAAUCAAACCUUUGCAAAAGGCUGCAGUGGGGCUUCUGGCAGCUUGAGGGCCAGGCCACGUGACCCCAUGUUGUAGAUGCCAUAUCAGGGUACACACGAGCUGACUGGCAUUCCUACUGACUGCUGGAGCUAUCUGUCAGCACGUUCUCAUUACUUCAGGGGGUUCUGGUCUUGUUGAAGUUGGUUUACUUUCUGAGUUGUUUUUAAUCCCUCUGUGUCCUCCUACUUCAUGACCAGCUGACCACAUCCAUGGCACUUUGAUUUUGACCUUGGCUCCUGCUGACUGCUCCCCUCAGGCCCCUCCUGCUCCCUGACCCCCAGUCCCCCGUAGCCCUACACUCCCCUUUAUACUGCAAGACCCUUCCUUUCCAGGGAGCGACCCAGCCUUCCCAGUUGGAAGGCUGUCCUUGGAGACCACAACCCCGAAAUGGGGCAGAGCCCCCAUGGAUGGGGUGAUGGGCUGAAUAAUAUCCCCCAAAAUAUAUCCAUGUCUUAAUCCCUGCAAACUAUUAACUUCACACGGCAAAAAAGGAUCUCAAGAUGGAGAGACAGUCCUGGAUUAUCCGGGACCCUAAACUCAAUAACCUGUAUCUUUGAGGGAGGAGAAUCGACACAGAAGAGAAGGCAAUGUAAUGAUGGAGGCAGAGACUGAAGUGAUGCAGCCAUAAGCCAAGGAACACCAGGAGCCUCCAGAAGCUGAAGAGGCAGGAAGGGUCUCCCUCAGCGCCUCCAGAGCAUGUGCAGCCCUGCCACACCUUGUUUCAGCUCAGUGAAAUGGAUUUUGGACUCUGAGCUCUAAGAUUAUUAGAGAAUACGUUUCUGUAGUUUCAAGCCACCAAGUUUGUGCUGACUUGUUACAGCAGCCACAGGUAAUGAAUACAAAUGGGAAAGCCAGGGAUUCCAAAUGAAAUGAAUGGACCCAAGGCCUGGCAUGGACCCUCAGCUGCUGCCUGACAGUGUCCUUAUGACCCGGCCACUCCUGUCACCUGUGCGUGAAAUGCACAGGCUCUCCACAGGAAGGUUUCCUGCUGCCUUGCUGGCAAGUGAGGUGGACUCUGCGGCCCCUGCCCCUCCCUGGUGCCCACAGCCCUGCAGCCCCCGAUACUGCAUCUCAAUGUGUGCCCAGUUGAGAGCCCCAACUCCUGGCCAGGGUGCUUGCAGCCGUCACGACUGAAGGAUUAGGAAGCAGGGGUUGGAGUUGGUGAGAGAUGGGGUCCUGGGAGAGCAGCCACCAUGGGCUCUAUUUGCAACAUGGAAUGUCUGGCUUUGGCUGCUGGCUCCAAGGUCACCUCAAGUCCUGCAGCCAGGAGUAGCCAGGGCCCUGCCCUCCAGUGCAUCUGCUCCCCACCACUGGGAGAGCAACUUGGGCAAAGGACACAGAGCCUUUGGCUGUUUUUUUGUGUUUUUUUUUUUUUUGACUUUUUAAAACCAAGUGCAAAUAUCAGGUGCUCUUUACAGCAACAAGGACCUGUAUGUACCUUUUGAAAUAAACACAUGCCAGCAACCCACCUGCUGGGAAAGCCACACAGGCAGCGCUAUUGUUCUGUGUCCUCCAGGUGGUGCCCUGGGAAAGGUCACAGCUGCCUAAACCUUUAAAACCCCAGGUGGGACGAACAUUCCCUGUGAGGAUUUGGAGCUGCAGCAGCUCACAGCUGUGUUUCUUAACACUUUGUGAAUUUUUUUCUUAAAGCAGCAAAGGGAGAAAAUUGGUACCGAAGAGUAUCAAUUCUUGAUUCUUGGCAGAAUUCCUGUCUUUGUGAAAGUCAAGUUUCAGGUGAGUGUGCCUGGUGCCCCAAGGGCUGUGUGACCCGUGGCCUAUGGAAGGUGGGUACCAGCCCAGAAGCCCCGUGGAGUCCCUCUUGGUGACCGUGGCCACCCUGGGAAGAGCCCUGGCCAAUCCCAGAGGGGAGGGUGGCCGGAGUGGGGAGGGCGGUGAGCUGGUGCCCCACCCACAGUGCCAGGGGCUUCCUAGGCUGGCGACCCUCUCGGGCUCAUCUGCUGGCAGGUGAGGAGUGAGAAGAUCCAGCGCCUGUUACUUGGCGCUUGGUGUCUUGCUCUCUGCACGCUGGUGAGAGGGCUCAGAGGCUCACCCUGGCCUGCUCGGCAUAGCCCACAAAGACAGGGUUUACUCAGCCUUGGGCUCUACUAGCUCUGCCCAGCUGGACUCAGGGAGGCCAGAGUGCUGAGUCUGCCACCCUCAGGCCCACAUGUGAACAUUUCUCCUGAUCCAGAAUGAGGGGUGUCAGGCUGAUGGGGGUGCUGCUCACCCUGGGUGGCCUGCUGCAGCAGGCCCUGUCCCUGAGAAUAGCAGCCUUCAACAUCCGGACUUUUGGGGAGACCAAGAUGUCCAAUGCUACCCUCUCCAACUACAUUGUGCAGAUCCUGAGUCGCUAUGAUAUCGCCCUCGUCCAGGAGGUCAGAGACAACCACCUGAUGGCCGUAGGGAGGCUGCUGGACAAACUCAACCAGGAUGACCCAAACACCUAUCACUAUGUGGUCAGUGAGCCGCUGGGACGCAACAGCUAUAAGGAGCGCUACCUCUUCCUUUUCAGACCCGACCAGGUUUCCGUGCUGGACAGCUACCAGUACGAUGAUGGCUGUGAGCCCUGUGGGAAUGACAGCUUCAGCCGAGAGCCAGCUGUGGUCAAGUUCUCUUCCCCCUUCACACGUGAACUGGCUCAUGUGUCCUCCACCCCAGCCCGACUCCUGACUGAGCCCAGCCCACACCAGCUCAGUAUGACUCCUGUUUCCACAGAGAUCAAGGAGUUUGCCAUUGUUCCCCUGCACGCGGCCCCAUUGGAUGCAGUGGCUGAGAUCGACUCUCUCUAUGAUGUCUACCUGGAUGUCUGGCAGAAGUGGGACUUGGAGGACAUCAUGUUGAUGGGUGAUUUCAAUGCUGGCUGCAGCUACGUGACCCCCUCGCAAUGGUCAUCCAUCCGCCUGCACAGGAGCCCCCCUUUCCAGUGGCUAAUUCCUGACGCUGCCGACACCACUGUUACAUCCACGCACUGUGCCUACGACAGGAUCGUGGUUGCAGGACCUCUGCUCCAAGGUGCUGUGGUUCCCAACUCGGCUGCUCCCUUUGACUUCCAAGCUGCAUACGGAUUGAGUGACCAGAUGGCCCUAGCCAUCAGCGACCAUUACCCGGUGGAGGUGACGCUGAUGUGAGUGGGGCCUGGCCGGCGACCCCCGCUCUGCAGCCUGUCACCAAGAACUGAGACGACACAGCCAAAGGCUGGGACAGUUUAGGAAACCAGUGCCUGGUCCUGAGCGCCCCUGCCCGUCACCACCACGGCAGCUGGAAUUAGAGGAAGGUAGGCUUUUCCUCACUGUACCCGCUUCCAUUGUAAGCUUGGAGGUAGUGUCACCAGAGCACCCCACCUUCUCAGUCUGGACAAAAAGUCUAAGAAAUACAUUUUAAGUAAAUAAAAAGCAGGUGCUCUUAUCGGCAGCAUCCAGUCCUUCCUGUGUCAUCGUCCCCAUCCCCCCUUC